CACCCGUAAAUUUCCUCAACGCCUCGUCAUUUAUUCCCAUCCUUUGAUCCCCUUCCCAUCGCUUCUCUUCUUUCUUCUGCAUAGUUAUUUCUUUUCUCGUUCUAGUACGCCGUAGGCCGCUAUGAACCGGGUGGUGAGGCAGUUGUCGUCGUCCCUGCCGUUUCUCCGGCGGGCGGAGCCGGCGGUCGGUGUGGGGUCGGCGGCGGGGGCAGCGGCGCACGAGAAGCAGUGGAGCAGGGGCAUAAGGGUGAGGGUGAAGGACGGGAAUCUGGAGCAAGCGUUGGCCAUCAUGCAGCGGAAGAUGGCGGCCAGCGGGAUGGAGCGGCUUAUCCGGCGGCAGGUUGAUUACCACCUCAAGGACUCGGAGAAGCGCGUCCUCGCCCGCAAGAACCUCCAGUACCGCGUCCGCUCCCAGGAGCUCGCCCGCAAGCUCCGCACCAUUCUCAUAAAAAAGAUCAGAGGUCACUGAGACCAGCUCUGGUGGUGGGAGAGCAAGCGUUAGGGGAACUACUUGUGAGAUCGCCAUAAAGGAUCUGUUCUUUUUCCUAGUUUCAUGUGCUUGUGCAUGUAGAUGCUGAACAUGCAGUAAGUGUAUGCUUUCCUCUUUAGACCUCUGUGAAGGAUCUAAUCAUUUUAUUUGGAAUAUGUUCUCUUUUCAUCCUUGUGAAUUGUCUGAAGAUAGACAUCAGGAAUAUAACUAUGAAAUAUAGCUAUUACUAGGCCCUUGUUUCUUCUGAGGGCUGA